UUAGACAAUUUUGAUUAUAUGUCAACAAAAUAUAUUUGAAUUAAUCAAAAUGAAAUCGUUUGUUAUAAUAUUAAUAUUUGUAAUUGUUCAUAUAAACCUAUGUUUGUCGGCAUCGGGUAAAACAUGUAAUAUGACUGUCGAUGAGGCGGACAAAUGUGCAAAGAAAUUGAUGUUUAUGGGGGACAGGGAUAACAUUUUACCGGCCGAUGAUCAGCAAAUGCAAACCUAUUGCGAUUAUAUGAAAGAUGGUAUCCGAUGUAUCCGUCAUUACGCUCGCUCCUGUUUACCCCCUUUUCCUCAACAAGUGUUUGGUAUGUUUGCAUACGAUGCUAAAAAUGUAUUGAGAAGUCAAUGCAAACAACCUAAAGACAGGGCAGAUUUUGUCAAACAUGUGGCCUGUUUUCUACCGAAGCCAGCGAUGGAAUCCUUGCAUUUGUGUUCUGAUAGAUAUAUCGUCCGAUUGGAUGUCAUUAAAGAGUUUGACUCCGAUUGGAGAAUACCCGGUAUUUGUUGCGGUUUUCAUAUAUUUCAAGAUUGUAUGCGUAAUAACUUACAAUCACUGUGUGAACCGAAAACCGGUGGCGAAACAGUCGACUAUUUCAUGAAUCACAUCAAUUCAAUGACUGACGAUGUAAUGGAUUUUACGUGUGGACAGUAUGAUAGUCUUGAAAAGUGUGAAAAACAUAUGAAAUCCGAUGAUUGGUCUAAACUGAAAGUCGAACUGAGCGAUGAACAGGUGGUCGCCGAGAGGGCCAAACAAAAAUACUUUUCUCCCGUUCCCUCUCUCGUCUCUAUUAUAGCUAACUAUGAAAUGUAAUUGCUUUGCUAAAUACAUUUUGUUUA